AUGAAGUUAGAUUCAGGAAUAUAUUCAGAGGCACAACGGGUGGUGAGAACUCCCAAAUUUAGGUACAUCAUGUUAGGGCUGGUAGGUGCUGCUGUGGUGCCGACCGCAUACAUGAGAAGGGGAUAUACGGUUCCUGCACAUAGUUUAGACAGAAUUAAUGGCAUCGACACGACUAAGAUGCCUACGGCGGGUGCUAGUCAAAAGGUAGCAAUGACUAAGGGUAAGAGCUUACAGGAGAUGAUGGAUGAUGACGAAGUUACGUACCUGAUGUUUUCUUCAAUUAUGUAA